CCCUAUCCUAUCCCUAUACAAAAUAUGGCUAUCUCCCUCUUUAUCCUUUUCCCUCUCCAACUUUAACUAGUUGAAUGUUUCAGCAAUGUCACGAGGAACUGAUCGUCUACUAAAGAAUUUGAAGCAAUUCACUGACCUUCAGUACAAGCAAUUCACUAACCGAUAUGGGCAGCAAGUCAUUGACAUUUUAGAAUUCCCUAUAAAGCUCGUUCUUUCCCCUAUCACACUUGCUUAUGACAUUGCCGGCUCCGCCCCGAGGGGUUUCGGUGUACCGGAAUUCAUUUCAAAAUUGUCUUAUUCUACCAUCUUUUUGGUGGCGACUCUGGGUACUUAUGACAUUGCAAUGGAGCUCGGAAAGAAGUUGAUCUGCCAGAGGGACUGCCGGACAUGCAGUGGAUGGCAGGCAUUGCAAUGCACAAUGUGCAAAGGUUCAGGCAAGGUGCAUUACCAAGUGAAAAGCUAUACAUUGAAAAGGGGAGAAAAAGCAACAGCUGAAUCCAUUGCUGAUGCGAUAGCUGAUAACAGGGCUGAGUUGGUGCACCUUCCUUCCACAGUGGACCUUCAUUUGCCACUGCCAUCUAAAGAGUGUCCCAGUUGUGAUGGAUCGGGUGUGAUGAAAUGCCCGGAAUGCAAAGGCAAGCUGCAAAUAAGGAUAUCUACAGAUGAUAUUAUGGAGCCUCCUUGGAAAGCUUAUAAUAUCAUGAGAAAGAUGGAUUAUCCUUACGAGCAUAUUGUUGAUAGUAUGAAGGACCCCGGCAUUGCUGCAUUUUGGUUGCUUACUUUGCCUCAGAUUGUGGGUGGAUUUGAAUAUGAUGAUGAUGUCAAGAAGAAGAUUUGGUGGCAAUAUAAGGAAUCUAUGCGAUAUGAUCAACUUCGAGAUGUGGUGGCCAAGAGAAAACCUGGAUGGGAGUAUUUGCAAGACGCCUUGGUCUCUAUUGAUCCCGUCCGAGCUAGGGAAGAUCCUGUUGUUGUGAAGAACAUCCCUUACUUCAAGGCCAAGAAAGCUCUGGAGGCAGAAGUUAUGAAGCUUGACCCUCCGCCACGUCCUCAAAAUUGGGGGGAGUUGAACCUUCCAUUAAACGCAUCUUCUUGGAGCGAAAAGGAUCUCAAAGACCCAAAAAAGCUAUAUGAGAUGACGGUGCUUCUUAAUGCACAAAGAGAAAUGGCUGAAAAGAUGCUUGAUGCUCAGUGGGAAGCGAAGUGGAGAGAAGAAAAGCUUAACAAAAUGUUGGAGGAGAAGGUCCGACCAUACAUUCAGAAUAUUGACAAUACUGUACUUCCUCAACCUAUUGUUAUGGAAUCAGAAAGGAAUCAGGAUCAAAAGAAAAAGCAUAGACGACGGAGAUGGUGGCUGUUCUGAUUGUAUUUGCUUAGUCAGUACACAUGCUACCCAACUCAUCGGAGAUCUAACGCUUAUAUAUAGAUUGCACCGUUUCUUUUUUCUUUUUAAUUUUCCUUGCCCCUUCGACGUUCUUCUAUUCUAGUGUUUGUUGUAUGUCACAGGGAGUUGUGGUCCUACCCCUGGUCUAUUUAUCUUGUAUAUCAUACAAAACAACAAAUGCAUAUGCAGAUUAUAUGAACUUCUUCCUUGUCUUUUA